UAGCUGCCAGUGGCAACAGGAACCGAACGAAGAGCUACUAAGGAGAGCCUAGGAUCGAGCAUAGACUAUGGAUUAAAACUACCCCUGCUGCGUUGACCAUUCUUCCUGUCCUGCAGUCACUCGAGACAUACAGCGGUCUCGACGAAUUCAGUUGAUAUUGUGUCUCGUUUUCACUGAAGCCUCGGAUUAUAGUAAACUUGCGCAAAUUACCCGGGUAGCCGACAGUAGUUCAUCAAACGGGCAACCCACUGUACUAAUGUUAUUUUUAAUAGAAUUGGUUUACUACCGGUGAUCAUUGUUGCACGGUGGUGUAAAUCGGAUCUACUGACUCUUGUCUAUAAUGGAGUUACACUGAUAACAGUUGCUCCACCAUUGGUUCGAGGCGUCUGUCUCUAGCAAUGUUAUCACACAUACUGGGCUUCCGAUGACUACAGUGAUAUAACCAUCAGUCACACACAUCUGUAGCCAAAAGAGAGAGGAAAGAGUGGAUUUUCAGCACAAGAAAACCUUGAAAGGAAAACGGCUCUGAAGCAUACAGGCAAAAUGUCCUCUAGGGAGCGUCGAUCUGAUGUCUACAUAAAGGCCGAACCCAGCAGCCCGGAGGGCGGCGGCGGAGGCGGACGGGCCAGUCCAGGGGGAGCUUCCUCGGAUUCCUCCCAAAGCGGCGGAGGUGGGACCAGGGGGGAUGGCGCUGGGCGCUACUCCCCACCCCUGUACACGCCCGCCCUGCGCUGCCACUUUAAAGAUGAAGGUGGAGAUGGGGCAGAGGAAGGCUCCACAGGCAGUGGGAGUGGACGGUGCAAGUAUGCCCUCAGCACGCUGCCCAAGAGGCUGUGCCUGGUGUGUGGAGAUGUGGCCUCUGGUUACCACUAUGGAGUGGCUUCAUGUGAAGCAUGCAAGGCUUUCUUCAAAAGAACUAUCCAGGGUAACAUUGAGUACAGCUGUCCUGCAUCCAACGAAUGUGAGAUCACCAAGAGACGUAGGAAGGCCUGCCAGGCAUGCCGCUUCACCAAGUGCCUCAAAGUGGGCAUGCUCAAAGAGGGAGUUCGCUUGGACAGGGUCCGGGGAGGGAGACAGAAGUACAAGAGACGUCCAGAGACGGAGAACGCCACUUAUCAGAGCGCCCCUAUACCUCUAAGGAAAGAGGGGGAAAAAGGCUCAUCCAACAUCAUUGUGUCACAUCUGCUGGUAGCGGAGCCAGAGAAGUUGUUUGCUAUGCCUGACCCCUUGCAGCCAGACACAGCCCAGCGUACACUCACCACCCUCUGCGACCUGGCCGAUCGGGAACUGGUGGUCAUCAUCGGCUGGGCCAAACACAUCCCUGGCUUUUUGUCACUGUCUCUGGCGGACCAGAUGUCCGUGCUUCAGUCAGUGUGGCUGGAGGUGCUGGUGUUGGGGGUGGCUUUUCGUUCGCUGGGGUGUGAAGACGAGGUGGUGUUUGCCGAGGACUUUGUGCUGGAUGAGGAGAUGUCUCGCGUGGCUGGCCUGAGCGAGCUCAAUGCCGCCAUCAGCCAGCUGGCACGGCGUUUCCGAGCGCUGCAGCUGGACCGUGAGGAGUUCGUCAUGCUCAAGGCCAUCGCCCUCACCAACUCAGACUCGGUGUACAUUGAGGAUAUGGAAGCAGUUCAGAAGUUGAGGGACCUCCUGCACCAGGCUCUCCUUGAGCUGGAGUGCCAGCGACGCCCUGACGAUCCCCAACGCGCCGGCCGUCUCCUCCUGACCCUCCCUCUCCUCAGACAGACCGCCGGACGAGCCCUCACCACCUUCUACAGCAUCAAGACUCGUGGAGGAGUGCCCAUGCACAAACUAUUCCUGGAGAUGCUUGAGGCAAUGAUGGACUCGCCCUAGAGCAAGAAACGGACAGAUGAGUGAAACGCACGGGGAGAGAGAAAAAUGGCUAAAGUCAUCAUUUUUUGGGGAAAAAAAACAACUAAACAAAAUGAAAAACAGAGAGCAAAGGUGCCGGAGGGAUGUCGAUUUGAGUAGUUCGUCAUUAUCGAAGCCUCUUGUUGAGAGAAAUGCAUAUUUGUUUAUGCAGCCAUGAAAAAAAGACUGAUAAUCUUUAGUUCAUUCAAACUGACCUACUCCUACAGCUCGAUGAACUUGCUCUGGUAAUGCUCUUUUAAACCUGGGACAAAGCCCCUUCCCCCGAACUCUGUUUCAUUUCAUUUCAUAUGACUGAAUGUUAUUUAGGACUGAUUUGCAUAUUCACAACAUUCAUAAGGUCUGUGGUUGUGCUGGUAGGUGAAGGGAAGAGAAGGUGAAAUCUAACGCCACAAAACUGAGGGGUCAGUAAUUACUUCAAUAAAUCAGUAUGUCGUCCGCGGCCAACAGCGGUCCUCUUUCGGGUCACGUUAAAGAGUAGAGUUCAUUGGCAUUUUGUCAAUGAUAGUUGUAUGAAAUCCAUGUGCCAAGGACUGAAGCUUAGCCCCAAUCCUAAACAACAUUCCCUCCCACACUGAAUUCAGCACGUGAGUGACUGUUUUACUGGAUAACUCAUUCAUUUUACCCUAAAGCCCCUUCUUUAAGAUACAUUUCAGACAUAUAGCAUAUAAAAUAUACAUUCAUGUACAUUCAGAGAAUCACCAUGGGCCAGCGGUAGCGCUCAGUAACCUGUGGACUCCACUAUAGGUAAGCUAAGUAUUAGAUGGGCAUAGCCAUGCGCUUUAGCUGCGAUUUUUCGGUAUUUAUGAACUCUCCAGAACCUGUGAGGGCUGUUGUAUAUAACCGUGAAAUAGAUUGAUUGUGGUGUGAUAUAUGCAAGAUUUAUGAAGGGAAAGUCAAGCAGCUGCCAGAGCGGUGUCUUCAGCAGUGACACUGAAAUGAAAUCGCCUGCUGAAAUUGCGAUGAAUAGCGCAUACUUUAAGGCCAGACGCGGCGCUGCCAUUCAGCAUACAGGCACACGUGAAACUUGGAAACAUGUCACAGAUCUAAUCGCAUGCAAUAUUUGAAAAGCAAUAUGAGUAGUUUCACAAAAACAAAUAGUAAUAGUAGUAAUCAGAGCCAUGAACGUGUAAUAUGUGUUCUUUAACAGUCUUCAAGAAUUGACAACAAGGAACUGAGUCUGGCCUGCUGAUGGAUGGCUUUGUUGCAUUAAAAUUAAUAUCUGGAUCUACAAGGGCAGGAAUACAGAAAAAAGGGAAAAUUGUGAUUUGUCAAUCAGGAACUUGUUUUCUGUGUAUAGUUAAAUAUACCUUUUUUUUUUCCUUUAGUGGUUGAUUUUAACAUGAACUGUCAAUCCACUGUGUGUAUGUCUGUGUGUGUGUGUUGAGAGAGAGAGAGAGAGAGAGUAAAUGAGAGAAUGUGUAAACUGACUGUGCUGUCUGAGCUGAUGUUGGUACAACUACAUCAACCUCAACCUUGUGCUGGUAGAAUUAGCUGUUUAAAUAAGCAAAUUCAAAAAGAAUAUACCAGAAAAUGCCUCAGUUUGGGUAAAUGAAAAGAGACUGAGAUUCUGUUGACAAUUUAUGAUCCUCUCUAGAUCUUUUAAAGAACAUUCUCUUCUGGCCAUUGGUGAAGAAGGGAGCAAUUAGACUGACGGUUUGAAGUAAACUGAAGUCGUUUGGUUGAAGUCCAGCAAUCACCUCAGCAAUCAGAACCUUUCUGAGAAACCAAACAGGACCUGAUUUGUUUUUCUUAAAAGAAGGAGAGGGCUAAUGUUCUUUUCAGCUAGAUUUUACUCCUCUUCUCAGAGAUACACAUGGGAAAAUUGUCUUGACUGGUUUGGUCUGACCAAAAGGUUCCUGUGCUUUGUAACCUAUGAACUGUGAGCUGUUGUUUUGGCUCAGACCAACACCUAAUGCAUUUUCAUGAGCCUCACGAUACGGGGUCAUGUGGAACCCUUUUAGUCUGUGACCAUUCUUUUAACUUUUUUUGUUUGUUUGUUUUAAUGAUUUUUAUUUUAUUAUGUUUUGUUUUACUGCUGUGUGUGGAUUGUGUACAGACAGCUGCCUAGUAUUGAAGGGAGUCAUACUGAAUUUAGAGCCCACCAACUCUACCUGCUAUAUUUCUUCUUUUUUUAAAAAAAUGUAUUUAUCGCAAUCACACAGAGCUAAAAAGGAAGAAGACAAGUCGAGUUGUAAGGUUUUCUAGUGGACCGUUUCCAAAACGAUGUUGCUGUCCCUCGAAAGCUAACCUCUUGGAGAUCAUAGCACAUCUUUAGACUGCUCUUCAGUAAAAGUAUGCGAUGUCAUUCUGAUUGUAUAUGUACACAUUCAUAAGCCCCAGCUGCAGCAGGACAUAAAAAAGAAGAAAGAAAGAAAAACACCACAGGAAGUGGACAAGUGUAACAGGUUGUAGUUACUUAGCAAAUGCUGUCCGUUUUUUCUUUCAGCUCGUUUUUGUUUGUUUGUUCCUAAGUAUGACUUGAGUAAGGAUCUUUAUUUAAACAGGUGUAGUUCCGCUUGGCCUCAGGUUUGGUACUGAAAUAAAGCAAUUCAUUCAAUAGAAUGUUAUGACCUAUUAGAAUUUU